UCGCAGUUCGCACGUAAAAAAAUUUAAAACUUGUUCAAACUUGUAGAAGUUGUAGACUUAUAAAAUUAAGCUUUCAUUUUAUUUUUUUCUGUUUAAUUUUACUUUUAUAUAGUAAUUUUUCUUAUGUUUAGUUGGAUGUAAAUAAUCUUUACUAAAGAAUGGCUCCGUCGAAAAUAGAUAACGGCACAGUGCUUAUUAUAGAUAUCGGUAAAAAUGUUUCUGAUCCCGAAGAGAAGAAUGGGAAAAGUUUCUUUGAAAAAGCCAGAGAAUGUGCAAUACGUAUAAUAGAAAGAAAAGUAAUCAGUCAAGGAAAGAAUUUACUGGGUAUGAUCUUAUUAGGAUCAAAGAAAACGAAAAACAAUUUAGCAGAGUCAGGAGGUUGUAGGCAUAUAGAAAUGUAUUCAGACUUACAAUAUCCAACUUGGCAAAUGAUACGAGACUUUCCAGAUAAGCCAUCAAAAGCUAAGGGAAACUGGUUUGAUGCCUUAUUAGUAGCUGUUGAUCAGUUUAAAAAUGGAUUUACUAGUCUUAAAAUUAGUAAUAAACAAAUUAUGUUAAUGACUAACUUCCUGGAACCAUGUGAUGUUGAAGCAAGUGAAAUUGAACAGGCUGUAAGUGGCCUUCGAGAGGAGGGAUUUCAAGUAGACAUUAUUGGCCCAGACAUAUAUGACAACGAAAACAAAAACAGUGAAUUUGAACUAGCAAAACAAUUUGUUGAAGGUACAAAUGGGGUCACAGCUACAUUUGAAUUCACUAUGAGGUAUUUACUUUUUCAUAAAAAGAAAGCUGUUAAUCCUAUACCUUGGAAUGUAGAUUUAAGUAUUGGAUCAACCAUAAAAAUACCUGUAUCAACUUACAUAAGAAUUAAAGAUGAACCAGUCAUUAAAAAGUGGAGUGUUGCUAUAAGAGAUCCAGUUACAAAUUCAAAAAGCAAUACAGAAUAUGUGGAUAAAAGUAAGAUUUUAGUAAAUACAGAAAACCAAAUGAUAGUUGAUCCCGACAAAAACAUCAAAGGAUAUCUAUAUGGGCAACAAGUUAUUCCAUUCUCUGAUUUCGAUAAGGGUAUGCUCUAUGAUUCUGGGCCAAAAUCUUUAACAGUAUAUGGAUUCACAAAAGCAUCAAAAAUAACCUGGCAAUGUUUAAACGGAGAUGGCUUGUCAUACGUUUUUGGACGUAAAGGUGAUAAAAAAGCACAAUAUGCUGUCAGAUGUUUGGUCGAGUGUCUACUGGAAUUAAAAUUAGUAGGUAUAGUAAGAAGAGUUUAUAAUAAUGGAAAUGCACCCAAAAUGUAUGCUCUCAUGCCUGUUAUUGAUUCCGAUAACUAUGUUUGUCUUUCUAUGAUUGGCAUAUGUUUUAAAGAAGAAAUAAAAAACAUGGCAUUUCCAAGCACAGAAUUAAAAAAAUUUGAAUGCACUAAUGAACAAGUUAAUGCAUUCAAGGAAUUAAUAAGAAAUAUGGAUCUAACCAAAGCAUAUGAGGAUACAGAAUUUGAUGACACCGAAGCAUUUCCGAUCGCUAAGAUGGUUAGUCCUUCUGCACAAUAUGUUUUAGAUUGCUUAGCCUUUAGAGCCUUGAAUCCAGGGAAACCUUUACCACCACCAAGAGAUGAUAUAACAAUGCUGUUCAGAGUACCACCAUUGAUAGAAAAGAGAAGGAAACAGCCAUUAGACGAAUUAAAAAGCUUAUUUGUUUUAAAUAAAGUUGAAAUUAAGAAGAGGGUAAAAACGAAAACUAAUGAGGCAAUGGAUGACAAAGCAUCAACAUCUAACACAUAUGGUAUAGGUAUGGACAACCUUCCUAAAAUAGACAUUAACAGCUUAAAGAAAUCUAACCAGGUAACAAAAAUAAGUACUUGGAAUGCAAUAAAUGAUUUUGAUGCCCUUAAAAGGGAGGGUAUUGAUAUAAAAGAUCUUGCUCCUCAAAUGAUAGAAGCUAUUGAAAGUAUGAUAUUUGGCAACAUUGAUGGUAACUAUUCAAAGGCAUUGGAAGUAAUGUCUCAUUUUAGACAUGAAUGCCUCAACGCAGAACCUUCUUAUUACAAUAACUGGCUUAAAAAAAUCAGAGUGGAAUUAAUAGAUCGUAAUAGAAAUGAUAUUAUCAGUAUGGUAAAUGAAAAGAAACUUAAUUAUAUUGUAAAAAGUGAGAACAGUUUAAGUAAGCUAGAAUUUGAUACAUUUGAUGACAGUCAAUUGUAUGAAACUGACACGGUACCUAAUUUAACUCAACUUACUAUAAGUUCAGAAGUCAAUGAUCUUUUUGAUAAUAUGUAAAUUAUUUUUAAUUUGGAUAUGUUGUUUUUUUUUAUUUUUGUUUUUGUAUUAACUUUUGUCUGUUAAUUUGUUUAUUAUAUUUCCUCUAAGGGAUAAUCUGUUUAAUCUGUGUAAUUAUAUUUCAACAACUUUUA